AUGGAUACUGCAAUGACAAUGAUCCGAGACACUAGAGGAUUUACAAAAGUCUGGGAUCAUGAUCAUAUCUCUGGAAAAUACCAAGGAGCAGCACAUUUUGGAUGUAAUCUUAAACUAAAAAUAGAUCCA